CUUGUGUCUGCAGGUGCUUCUCCUUCGGGAUCGGUGAGGGUGCGAGUACGGCUCUCAUCACAGGAAUGGCCAGAGAAGGUUCUGGUCACGCUCAGUUCAUCACAGGCACUGACCGCAUGCAGCCCAAAGUGAUGCAGUCGCUCAGGUUUGCUCUCCAGCCGGCUGUGGAUAAUAUCUCUGUGAACUGGACCGUUCCUGAAGGUGUGACGGUGGACAUGCUGUCUCCACCCAUCAACACCCUGUUCCAGGGUCAGAGGGCGCUCAUCCACGCUCAGAUUAAAGGACAGAGUUCAGGAAAGACAGAAGGAGCUGUAACAGUGAAAUACAGGCUGAAAGAUCAACCGGUGACUAACCAGCUUCAGUUUACUCUUAAACCAGCGGAAGACACAGGGCUGACGAUCCACCGUCUGGCGGCCCGGUCUGUGAUCCGCUCUCUGGAGCUGGAGGAACGAGCCGGAGGAGCAGACACUGAGAACAUCAGGAGAAGGAUUGUGGAGCUCAGCGUUCAGGCCGGAGUGAGCAGCGUUUAUACGGCCUUCAUCGGCAUCAAUAAAGACAGCAAACAGACUGUGAAAGGACCGCUGCUGCAGAGGAGUGUGCCAGUGUCACGUGAGUGUGUCUAUAUGAUGGCUGCAUUUCAUGGUGGUGGUGCGAGAAUGUGUGCAAUGGGGGCUCCCGCAAUGAUGAAAUGUUCUGCAAGGCGUAAAAGAAAUACACAGACAUCAGCACUUCACUCAUGUGGCCCCAUACAAUCGAACAGCAUGGGGAUUCAAUGUGAUUCCAUGUCAUUUGAGGAAGAAGGUGAAGAAGGUGAGCCCCAGAAGGACCCUUUGCUCCAGCUUGUCUCUCUUCAGAAGGCUGCGGGAUGCUGGGAGCUCAACGCCUCAUUGGCUGCUGUGUUUGGGAAAACGGAGGAUGAGGUGACAAAUCAGAAGACGGCACAGGUGGAAGGGUCAGUGUGGGCCACCGUCCUCGCUCUCAUCUGGUUAUAUGCGUAUAAAUCAGAUCAGCAGGAUGAGUGGCAGUUUGUGGCCAUGAAGGCGGCCUCAUGGAUCCGCUCUCAGAAACCUGAUGGCCUAUCUCAGUGUGUGUGUGAUGGGAACGCUCUGUUGGGAUCUCAGGUGACUGAAGACACGCUGGAAAUAUGAAGACUGCAAAUCCUGUGCUCUCAGAAGACAGAAUAUCUCUCAUAAACAUUUGUGUUGUUUCUGGUAUAAGAUAUAAACAGUUUUUGAAAAGAAUAACAAAUACCAUAUAUGUUGUCCUAUUAUCUUUUUUUUUUUUUUUUUUUUUUGGACCUUGAGUCUGUAAUAAAGUUUGAUUGAUUGAUUGAUACCAUGAUUUGUGAUGGUGAAUGCAUUAUUUCAGUGUUUUAACGAGAAGAUUGUGUCAGUGUGUAAAUAUCAAGCUGUUUUAUCAGAAAGUAUUUCUUCACUAGCCAUAAUUACCUGACAUGUAGAAUUACAUUUUAAUGCAUUACAACUAAUAGUUAGAUUAAUCAGAAUAGAGAAAUGUAUAAUUAUGAACUGCCAAGAAGUAAUUAUAAUAAUGUCUGUAAAUAUUACAGAAAAAUAAAUAUAAAGAGAAAUGUCCCCAGAAAGCUCUGAUUUAAAGUGAAUUGUGACCAUGGUUAAAUUGUGCUUUACUUCGCCUGUUUGUCUGCAUCACAGAGAGAGGAUAACCGUUCUGCAGUGGAAAAUGUCUCUCUUACCUCUAGCCAGGGCUGGACUGGGACAAAAAAAACCGGACAUGGCAUUUUUUGGUCCAGGCGGCCCACCACCACACACAUACAGGUGCAUCUCAAUAAAUUAGAAUGUCGUGGAAAAGUUAAUUUAUUUCAGUAAUUCAACUCAAAUUGUGAAACUCAUGUAUUAAAUAAAUUCAAUGCACACAGACUGAA